AUGCAGCUGGUAGCAGGAGAGUCGCCAAGGUUCCUACAAGCAACCCCCGCCCGUUCACUUUUCGGAUCCGCGGCCGGUACGCCGUACAGUGCUCGCAGAUCAAUCGUCGGCACGCCUAGGAAGGGUGAUAGUGAAUCCGCGGAACUUUUGGUACAGCUUCAGAAAUUGCAGUAUGAGUUAUCGAAUCUGCAGUCGGAUAGUGAGAGGUCGAAACUUCACUUCGAGGCAAAGGAGAGAGAAACACAGGCUCGUGCCCUAGAAGAAACGAAGAAAGUGAAUGGGUUGGAAACAGACAAACGUUUCCUCUUCGAACGAAGCCAAGAACAAGCUGCUGAGCUAGAUGAUUUGCGGGCAGAGCUUGCAAAGGUCAAAGCGGAGACUGCAAAGGAAGCGAAAACCCUGCGUGAGGAAAAUAGCGCAAUGAAGGAGAAAGUAGCCCAUCUGGAUACGCAAAAUCACCUUCUUGUUGAAAACGCUCAACAAGAGUUAGACGGCAUGCAUGCCAGAGUGGAAAACUAUGAGGCGAUGAAUGCGCAAAUGCGGGAGGAAAUGGCGUCGCUGAGUAAGACACUUACGGAGAAGUCGAAUGCGUUGGCAGCGAGUGAGGAGAAGGCUACGAUAUUGGAGGAGAGGGUGAAGGAGUUGGAGUCGAGAGGUGUGGAUGCGGAAGAGAUGGCUACUGUUCAACGUGAACUUAGCCAUAAGCUGGAUGAGCUCCGGCAACUGGAGAUUGUCAACCGUCGUCAACAAACCGAGCUGGAUUCUUUGAGGGAAAAAGCACAGUCCAUCGCUGUCUUGACGGAGGAGAAAUCGAUCCUGGAGACGCGGCUGAAGCAGAUGGAGGAUUUGCGUGAACGCAAAGCCGAAGCUGAACUGAAGAUCAGCGAGUUACAGCGUGAACGCGCACAGUGGAUCUCGUUCUUGGAGGCGAACGAGGAUAUUGGGGGUGCUACACCCGAGGCUGUAUGUAAGGCCUUGGCAGAAGAACGCGGGCAACGCGCUAUCGUUCUUGAGAAACUUGGUCGUGUAGAGGUAGAACUGAGCUCCCAAGAAAGCAAAGCUAGCGAGUGGGAAAAGGAGUUGAAGGAGGUCAAGGAGGAACUCGCCACCAAGACUGCAAAAUGGGCCGUUAUGGACCGGAUCAAGUUACGUCUUGAGCGUCAGAAAGCCUUGGCAUUGCAGGAAGUGGAGUUUCUUCGGGCACAACUCAAGACAUAUGAUGAUGAGGAAAGUAUGUUCAUGCAAGGCAGCUACGACGAGCAAAAGGCGAAAAGAUUGAAUGAUAUGGAGGUCAUGUUGACUGACUACAAAACCGAACUCGCGAAACUCAUCUCUGAAGACUCGGAGAAUGCUGCAAAGGCUGGUCUUAUCGACGUCGAUGCCAUCGUCACGGGUGCUAAGCGGAAACGUGAGGAAGAUGAGGAUGAGAGGUUGGGAGAGUUAACGCGUCGGAACAGACAGUUGCAAGACGACCUCGCGAAACUUCAACAAGAGGAUAUCUUGUUGAAGAAGGAGUUGACUUCGUUACAGGCUCAGAUUGAAGAACUCGAUAAACUUGCGAAGGUUGGACAGACGCGGAUUUUGCAGUUGAAGAGUAACCCGACUGUCAAUUACCACGCUACACGUCAAGAAGAACUCGAUCUGCUCAAAGCCGAGAAUGCCUCGUUGUUGGCGCAGGUUGAAGGUCGGAUUGAGGAUUGUGGGAAUAUGGUACCAGCUGAGACUUUGACUUUGGUACGGAAGGAGAUCAAGAAAAUGGAGGCUGCACUGAAGCAGAGUGAAAUUAGGACAUCCAGACUCAAAGAAGUCAUCGGCGCAAAGAUGCAAGAGUCCCGAGAAGCGGUGUGGAAUCUUCUUGGUUACAAGAUGGAGUUCUUGCCCGAAGGUCGAGUGCGGUUGGUGUCUGCGUUGGCGAAGGACAAGCAGGCUUCGAUCGUGAUUAACUUGGAUACUGGAACGCUUAUGCGGACGGGAGAAACAACUGAUGAGGAAUGGAGUCAGGAGAUGGACGCGUUGAUGACGGAGUGGCUGGCUGAGAAGAAGACAACACCAGGCUUCCUAGCGGCACUUACGCUGAAAUUAUUGGAGGUCCAUCAGAAGAAGGAUCAAGCAUAG